AUUCCUCCUCUGUGACUGGCUCUUUACUCUCUUCUCGCCUCCUGUCAGUUCGGUCUUGGAAAUGUCCCUCACUGCUCUGCUUUUGAUCACUGGGGCUGUUUGUGCUUCUUCAACAACACCAAGUCACGUGUUCCACUUCAUCUAUGGAUGCUACGAAACCGACGAUGUGCGAGUGGACUUGGUUGUUGAUGAAGACACGAUCGGAUAUGCUGAUUUCAACAAACAAGAGAUGGUGUGGCGUUUACCUUAUGUGCCAUCAGGAGGAAAAGACUUAAAGAAAGAAGCUUUCAAAUUUGCCAGAAACAGCAUUGCACACUGUCAUUCUGUUUUGGCAAAGGCAAAAAAAGCAGAUCAUGGAAGUCCUUUACAUCAGGAACCUCCUGACAUCUCCAUCUAUACCCGUUACAAGAGUGAGGAGGGGGUGCUCAACACUCUCUUCUGCUCUGCCAAUCACUUCUACCCCCCGACCAUCAACUUCACGUGGACCAAGAAUGGCGUGGAGGUCACGGAGGGGUUGUUGAACCUACGUUUCAGUCACAACAAAGACGGGACGUUUCGCAGGAUUUCAACCCUGAGCUUCACCCCUCAAAGGGGGGACGUUUACUCCUGUAGGGUGAGCCAUGAAGCCUUGGAAAGACCUCUCGUCAUGACCUGGGAAUCCAGAAUCCAGAGGAAUCCUGCUCGUGUGUUUUUCUUUGCAAGUCUGCUUCUGUGCUUAGCUGGUAUCGGGACCGGCUUCUACUUUUUCACCAAGAAACCAAAGCUUUGCUGUGUUUGUCGGUGAACUGUUCUCAUUGCUGUGGUUGGGAUUCGGUGGGGAUGCCUGACAGCCAUGCAUGCAAAGCCUGCAAUCUUGUUAUAUUUUACUAACUUCACUACAGCAAAUGUCAUUGAUAGAAACUAAUCUGAGUCUGGAACCUGACGCAUCUAUUAUCUCUCCAUUUUGGCUCUUUGACUUUGAAAAAAAUGUAAACUAUACAAAAUGUUUAAAUUAUUUACAUUUUUUCAUUUAUUCUUAGAUCUUAAUAUAUCAGAUAACUGAGAAAAAAGAUGGUAAAAAAGUUUCUAAAUUAUGGAACUGAAUUUACACGUAAAGCUGUUUUUUCCAUUUAUAUAUAAUUGGAUUUUGUCCUGUUCAUAUUUGAUAAUAAAAGGAGAAAAAGGAUAAAGGUGCACCAAAGUCGUUUUGAUGGAAAAUGUAUGAUUUAUUUGGUUUUCUUGCACAUUUUACCAGAUCUGAGUCUUAUUUGUCAUUUGGUGCAUUUGAUUUUGAAAGAAACUUACCAGUGUUAAAUAUAAAGCUGCCUUUUUAAUUUAAAUACAAUUUAAUAAAUUAAAUGUAAAAAAAACAUGUCAGUUUAAAACUAUAGUGUAAAAUUUUACAUGCUACAUUUAAUAAAUAAAUCAAGGAGUUAACGACCUCAAAAACAUAAAUAAGAUGUAUUUUUCUAAACUGUAAGGUGGAACUUUGUAGCUUUUGGAGGGUUUUUGUUUGGCUUUUUUAGUUUUAAAGUUUGCAGGCCUCUGAAGACCAAUCUUGUCAAGUUUUUACAUUUUACUCUUUUUAUAAAUGUGUGGAAUGAACAA